AUGUCAGUUCUCGAAAAAUUUGAACCUGUUACUUUAGAAUCUGGGGCCAUUUUCAUCGGAUAAUGGUAGAAUGAAUAGAGACAUGGUUGGGGGAAACAAAUUUGGCCAAUCAAUCAGUAUAUGAAGGAGAAUGGGUUAAUGAUAAGGCUUGUGGAAAAGGGAAAACUGAUUCAUGCUGAUGGAGAUAUGUAUGAAGGGGAAUGGGUUAAUGACUAAGCUAAUGGAUUAGGGAGAUAUUAUCAUUUGGAUGGAGAAAAUUAUGAAGGAGAGUGGAAGGAUGGCAAAAAACACCGUAAUGAAGUGUAAAAAUGGCCAGAUGGUUGUAAAUACACAGGGUAAUAUGAAUACGGUAUGAAACAGGGUAAAGGGAAGUUAUAAUUUGCUGAUGGGUCAUUUUACGAUGGAGAGUUCAAUCAGAAUGAAAUACAUGAGAAAGGUAGUUUAAUAUAGGUUAUGUAAGGUCGAUAUGUUGGCAGAUAAAAGGGAGUAUGAAGGAGGUUGGAAUAACAAUAAAAUUCAUGGGACUGGAAUAACCAAAUGCCAAGAUGGGAAAAUACAUGAUGGAGAGUAAAUAAUUGGGGUUAAUUUGUUAUUAGAUAUAAGAAUAACAAGAAAGAAGGUUAAGGUACUUUCUUUUGGCCAAAUGGGAAAAAGUACGUUGGGUAAUGGUUGGAUGGCAACAUGGCAGAAGAACCUUUACGAAAGUAGUUGAAAAGUCGUCAAGGAGAAUGGGUGGAUGGAAAAAGAAUCAGAAGGCUGGAAGCUGAGGAGCAAUAAUCAAAUUGA